AUGGAAUGGGUGACUCUGGCUUUAGGGGCUGCAGCUGCCUUGUUUGCCCUUGGAGAUGUCUGGUACUUUCUCAGGAUGCCCUUGACGAUGCUCUACGCCAGGUGGUGCCAGCCCACCGUCUGGGACUUGCUGGAGGAGCAAGAUUUCUCCGGCGUGGUGCUCCUUUCGGACCUGGACUUCUUGCUGCACAUGAAUAAUGCUCGCUACCUCCGGGAGGCCGACUUCGCGCGGGUGGUGCACCUGACCCGAUGCGGGCUCCUGCGGGCCGUGCGGGCCCUGGGGGCUCACACCGUCCUGGCCGCCUCCUGCUGCCGUUACCGGCGCUCCUUGCGCUUCCUGGAGCGCUUCGUGGUCCGCACCCAGUUGCUGGGCUGGGACGAGCGGGCCUUCUACCUGGAGCAGUGCUUCGUCAGCGCCCGCGACGGCUUCGUCUGCGCCGUGGUCCUCGUCCGCCAGCACGUGGUGGGCGCCAGCCCCGACAAGGCCGUGUCGUACUUGUGCCGGAGAAAGGUAAGGCUCGAAGGCGCUGUGUCGGAAGACAGCGCCGGCGUAAGCAGGCCGUUGGACAGACCCUUGGAGCCCGGGGUGAACGCAGUGAGACACAAGAUCCGAGACCCAGCUCCCUUCUCCACAGACAUCUUCCCCUCACGGAGCUGGAGCCCGCGAAAGUCCACCAAGUUAAUGGACGAGGCGGAAGAGAGAUACAAGGCGCUCACCGGCGGAGUGGGAGAAGACGACUGGAAUGGCGACGGGGACGAGUACCGAGAUCCCGGGAUAGGGGACCCCGCGCAAGCGCUCCGCAACUAG